AUGGCAGACCAUUUAAUGGCAAUGAAUCAUGGCCGGUUUCCAGAUGGAACAAAUGGUCUUCACCACCACCCUGCUCAUCGGAUGGGUAUGGGUCAGUUCUCCAACCCACAUCACCACCAGCAGCAGCAGCAACAGCAGCAUGCCUUUAACAGCCUAAUGGGGGAACACAUGCACUAUGGUGCAGGGAAUCUGAACUCUAAUAACAGUAUCAGGCACGCCAUGGUGGCUGGGAAUGUAAACGGAGGGCAUCCUAAUGGCAGCAUGGCACCGACAGCAAGAUUUACCAGUUCACAAUUCAUGGGACCUUCUGUUUCAAAUCAAGCAGCUCAGCUUACAGCUAGCAUGCAGCUUCAGAAACUGAACAAUCAAUAUUUUACGCAUCAUCCAUAUCAACAUAACCACUAUAUGCCGGACUUGCAUCCUGCAAAUCAUCAGAUAAAUGGGACAAGCCAGCAUUUCAGAGACUGCAAUCCAAAGCACAGCUCUGGUAUGCCUCCUUCAGUCAGCCAUGUCCCUGCAGCGAUGCUGCCUCCUAGUGUCAUAGACACGGACUUUAUAGACGAGGAAGUUCUAAUGUCCUUGGUGAUAGAAAUGGGUUUGGAUCGUAUUAAAGAACUACCUGAGCUAUGGCUGGGACAGAACGAAUUUGAUUUUAUGACAGACUUUGUUUGCAAACAGCCGAACAGAGUAAGCUGUUAG